UUUGAAAAAAUAAAUUUCAGCAGAGGUUAUCGCGACGAGCCAUUGCACAACAAGCAUGGCGGAACAUGCGGGAACAACGAAUGCUGAUAUACUCAAAAGAUUUUCCCAAAAAGUUUCUGUAUCCAGCACAAAGGAGAGAAUCGGCGUACUUAACGAUGUGGCAGUGAUCGCUGCAGCCCCCGAGUUUCCAGAGAAUGCAGUACGAGGGAUUUUCAAAUACUUGGCUCCAACAAUAAGCCGUUACCAAGACAACAAAUCUCGCCAUGCCGUUUUAAAGGUCAUCAGGGCAGUUACCAAGACCCAUCCUGAGUCGACUGUCAAAACACUGUCCAGCACCUUGGAGGCACAUGCAAACUUUCACAAAAAGGAACAACAUUUUUGUAGGAGCACGUCUGGUGAGGCCCUAUUUGCACUGACAUGGACAUGUGUUGUGAUGCAGGAGACAUUCCUAAAGGGAAAUCUCUCCAGAGAUUCCUUCAAACAACUGGUUGGUGUACAAUGUGGCCUUGUGUAUGGAGCCCUGGCUGCAGGAUGUAAGACCAUCAACUCCGCUGCCUAUAGGAAACUCAUCUGGAUCUUCAAAACUAGUGACAAGGCAGUAGAUGAGUAUGCUCAACUGUUGACGGAGGUUGAGGCGUCCAUGUUUGUGCUGAGUCCUGUCGGCAUCCUGAUGUCAUAUCUUACCAAGACUAAAGACCAGGAACUUCUUAAAAAAUUUAAGGGCCCCUUCCUCGACAUGUACACCAGACAAGUACUGGGAUCCAGGACCAAACCAUCUGUUCAGCUGCUGAUAUCGUGUAACCACUUGCUGCGCCACUGCACACACGAAGACUUCCAGAACCUUAUGGUGCCAGCCACUAAGAAGGCCAUGCUGAGGAACCCAGAGAGUAUUCUACAAGCCGUGGGGUACAUGAUCAUCGGCCAGAGCCUGGACCUCAGACAGUAUGCACAAGAGCUAGCCAAACCACUAGGAGUCCAACUUUGCUCCAAGGAUCCUGCGACAAGAGCAGAAGCUGUGGCUGCAUUUAAAAACCUGGCAGUUCAGUGUAGUGACACGGAAGCCGUGGAGACACUCGUGUUUCACCUGUUUGGUAUCCUCAAUGGGUCUGAAGGGAAGCUGACGUCUGUGGACCAGAGGAUCAGUGUUCUGCAGGCGAUCGGCAAUGCCAGCCAGAGCACUGCCAGUGGAGCGUACGCCCUACAGACACUGAGUGACACGGUCGCCGAGAAGUUUAUUCCCAUGUUACAAUCGGAAGUCCAUGAAGGAACCCUGGUCCACGCCCUGUCCAUGCUGUCAUUGUGGUGUGCCAAAUUCUACACCAGUGUGCCCGACAAACUCAUGGAAUGGUUCAAGAAAGGUGUAACGCUCAAAUCCUCCACAUCUAGUGUCAGAAACGCCUACCUUCAGUGUAUGAAUACUGCUUUCCAUGGUGAUACGCUGCCCCAGGCAGUAGACAUGGUACCACUACUGAUACAAACAAUUGAGAAGGCAAACAGCCAACCAAGUCAGAUCCCGCUCGUCACCGAGGCUGUUUCAGCAGCGUGCAUCCUUGCCAAGAUUUCAUUGGUCGAUAUUCAAACAGAGAACAAGCUAGGACCAUUCUGGUCUACAGUGCUGGACAGUCAGAAACAGCUGUUCCUAAAUGACCGCUACCUGCAGCAGGCAAACGAAGAAGCUCUACCAAGUCUUGUUGCCUUAGCAGAAAAGCUGAUCUUGGAAUAUCCUCAGAAAAUGACAGAAAAAGUAUCAAAGCCCUACUAUAAAGCCAUUGUACAUUGUCUGAUGCACAAGUCCUGGGAAGUGAGGAAAGCUACUGCUGCGUCUGUCAAACGUCUGCUUGGCCUAUUGGGGAGUACAGCUAUAUCAUUGGCUCUCCUUGACCAGCUCAACGUCUUCCUAGCCAAUCACAAGUUCAUUGACCCUGAUACUCUGGACGAUGAGAAGGAGAAUUACGACCCCAAUAAGUAUGUGUCACCAACAAAAGUUGCUCGAGCACUUGUGACCUUGACAUCUGUAGAGAAGGUUGACCUUAAGGACGCAGAAGCUAUCGCCAUGGCAACCAUUUUAUCAUCACACCAUCCCAGCAUAGUGUAUGCCAACGAGUCUGCAUGGACUGAUAUCAUGUACUUCAUCAAACUCGACGCCCGUAACUUUAUCUCCAAACAUCUGGACACCCUACUGGCUAUGGUGAAGACAGGAAAGGCGCUAGACAAGAGUUCUCAGUCGACUCUGUCUACGAUGGUUCGGAUCGCUCCAGACCUGGUGCUGCCGCCUAUUCUCCAAUACGUGAAAGAAAUCCUCUGUCAGCCGGAGCUUACCACUAUCACUGUGGAGGAGUACCAGAUCUUCCUGUGUCCAGAAGGCGAACUCUUCAACAAGGCUCUCCAGGCUGGUUUUGAGAAAAACGAAACCAAAGAAAGCAACAUAAAGCGAGAAAACAAACUUUACUCUUACAAAGAACAGAUGGCAGAAAUAGAGCUGAGAAAGGAACUGGACAAGAAGAAAGGAAAGACAGAGAAACCUUCUCUGAAACUGACCAAGAAACAAGAGGAACAGGUCCAGGCUUGUCUGAAGAAAGAAUCCGACAUUCGCAAAAAAUUAUCACAGUUCGACAGUGUGAUCUGCUGCAGCUGCCACAUCCUGGAGGCUUGUAUCCAGGGUAACCAGCGGGCAGUGAGUGCCUACGUACAGGAGCUCUGUGGCUGUAUGACAUCUCUGUUCGUGUCGCCGCUGGCCGCACCACCAAUGACCCAAGCUUUCAUCCAACUGGGCACCUCAUUGUUUCAGGAUAAACUACUCGGUUCUCAAGUGUGUAACUCAACAGUACGCUUGCUGGACCCUGCGUGUGAGUUGGACUCUGAGUGGGCCAAAGAACCCGCCAAAGAUCAAGCAACCCGUCUGGUCAGGAAACUCUAUGGAAUCGCAUCAAAAGAGACCACGGAGUUUGGGGACACUGCUCUGUUCCCUGCAGCAACGUUCAAUAUUAUAUUUUACCUACUGAAGGCGGUGUUGAGACGGGGAGCAGUACUGGUGAAGGGAGAUGACCGAACACAGGCAGAAGCCAUCAAACUCACAGAACUCCAUGCUAAUAUGAGGCAGGAGGAUCAAUCUGAUGAGCAUGACCCAGCCUUACUUAAUCACAAGGAAUUGCUAUCUCUCCUUGUCCAUGUGAUAUCGACAUCCAUCACCAAACUCGGACAACUGGCCUCCUCAUCUCUAGUGGCUGUUUGUGAGAGUUUGUCUGGUGAGGAGGGGUGCAGCAAGGCCACAGAGAAGGAAAUUCGUGUUCUCCUAGAAGCUUUGAAGUCCCCUUGUGUAGCAGUGAGGGAUUCCGUAUUGCAGGGCUUGAUGUGCCUUGUCCCUAUACUGCCUAACGUCGACGAUAAUCUUGAACUAGGAAUCGCCAUCGCACAGAGAGUGUGGGUUGUCAGCUUCGACAGUGACGACAAUGUUAAAAUGUUGGCUGAAAAGUUACUGCAGGAGCUGACGUUAGAGGAGCCGUAUGAGGAUAUGGCCGGCCCACUGAUUGAUGAUGUCAUUUCCACAGAGGAGGUUGUCCGUCUGUCUGCCUCCAAGGCACUGGAGAAAACACUUCAAUGUCACAGCGACUAUGUCACAGCAACCGUUGAGCAGCUCAAGGCCAAAUACGAGGAGAAGCUUUACGUGCCUCCGCCCAAACUGGACGAUUUUGGCCGCUUGUUGGAGUACCAGCCCGAGGAGGAGUGGCAGGCACGCAGCGGAGUGGCAGCUGCCCUUAAAGCCAUGUCUCCUCUCAUCCCGUCUGAUCAGAUCAUCGAACUCUUCAGCUUUUAUGUCCCUAAGGCCCUCGGAGAUCGGGUACCAGAAGUCCGGAGCCACAUGAGAGAUGCUGCUCUGGCUGCCAUUAACGAUCAUGGAAAGGAGAAUGUAGUCUUGCUGCUACCAGUAUUUGAAGAGUUUCUCGCUAAUGCGCCCAACACCGCCAGUAAUGACGCAGUACGACAGAGCAUCGUCAUCCUUAUGGGUUCACUAGCCAAGCAUCUGGACAAGAACAACCCCAAGAUCAAACCUAUAAUGGCCCAGCUUAUUGGUGCACUGUCUACACCGUCCCAGGAGGUACAAGAGGCAGUGGCCCAUUGCUUGCCUCCCCUGGUCCAGGGAAUCAAACAGGAUGCUCCAGAGCUUGUUCAAAAACUGAUGCAACUCCUUUUGGAGUCUGACAAAUAUGGAGAAAGAAGGGGAGCAGCAUAUGGACUUGCGGGGCUCGUCCGGGGUCUGGGGAUCACUUCCCUCAAACAGCUCGAGAUCAUGUCCACAUUGGAGGAAGCUGUCAAAGACAAGAAAAACCCACGACGACGGGAAGGCGCCCUGUUUGCCUACGAGAUGCUGUGUGCUAUGCUGGGAAAGCUGUUCGAGCCGUAUGUGGUGAACAUCCUGCCCCAUCUCCUGCUCUGCUUUGGUGACAGCAGUCAGUACGUCCGUGAGGCAGCAGACUUUACUGCCAAAGCCGUUAUGAAGAUGUUAACAGCCCAUGGAGUCAAACUUGUGCUCCCCUCGUUAUUGAGGGGACUGGAAGAGGACGCCUGGAGAACCAAAGCAGGAGCGGUGGAACUGUUGGGAGCCAUGGCUUAUUGUGCACCUAAACAGCUGUCUGCCUGCUUGCCAAGCAUCGUACCAAAACUGUCCGAAGUUCUCACCGACUCCCACGUCAAAGUCCAGAAAGCGGGAGCUCAGGCUCUACGACAGAUCGGGGCCGUCAUCAGGAACCCGGAAAUCCAGGAAAUUGUACCAAACCUGCUGGACGCGUUACAAGAGCCUUCUAAAAAGACAACGGUGUGUCUACAAACUCUACUGGACACCAAGUUUGUGCAUUUCAUAGACGCACCUUCCCUGGCUCUCAUCAUGCCUGUCGUAGAGCGUGCGUUCCAGGACCGCAAUACAGAAACCAGGAAAAUGGCCGCCCAGAUCAUCGGCAACAUGUACUCUCUUACAGAUCAGAAGGACCUUGACCCCUAUAUAGAGAAGGUGAUCCCUGGUCUACAACAAUCCCUGUUGGACCCCGUCCCUGAGGUGCGUACCGUGUCCUCGCGUGCGCUUGGAGCCAUGGUGAAGGGAAUGGGAGGGGCCAAGUUUGACGAGCUACUCAAGUGGCUAAUGGACACGCUGAAGUCUGAGAGCAGUUCUGUCGACCGAUCGGGAGCAGCACAAGGUCUGAGUGAAGUUAUUGGUGGUCUGGGUUUGGGUGAACUGAAACGACUCAUGCCAGGCAUCAUACAGACAGCAGAGCGAAUUGACAUCCCGUCCCAUGCUCGCGAUGGUUACAUCAUGAUGUAUAUCUACCUACCCUCCGUGUUUGGCAAAGAAUUUAUGGAAUACAUAGGACCCAUCAUCCCCUCUAUUCUUCAGGCAUUGGCAGAUGAGUCGGAGUAUGUGAGAGACACAGCUCUGAGGGCGGGCCAGAGGAUCAUCAAUGUGUACGCAGACACGGCCAUAGAACUUUUGUUACCCCAGCUGGAGAAAGGCCUGUUUGAUGAUAACUGGAGGAUCCGAUUCUCCUCGGUACAGUUACUGGGUGAUCUUCUGUACCGUAUCUCAGGUGUCACCGGUAAGAUGACAACAGAGACGGCUCAUGACGAUGACAACUUUGGUACAGAAUCAUCAUCAAAGGCCAUCAUGCGAGCGUUGGGGAAGGAGAGACGAGACCGUGUGUUGGCAGGACUGUACAUGGGCCGAUCGGACACAGCCAUAUUGGUGCGACAGUCAGCACUCCACGUGUGGAAGAUCAUCGUGUCCCAUACACCGCAGACCCUCCGUGAGAUUCUGCCUGUAUUGUUUACCCUCCUACUGGGCUGUCUCGCCAGUACAAGUCACGACAAACGACAGGUUGCAGCGCGAACCCUGGGAGACUUGGUGAAGAAGCUAGGAGAGCGAGUGUUACCAGAAAUUAUUCCCAUACUAGAGCGAGGUUUGGGCUCCGAGCGGGCCGACCAGAGACAGGGUGUGUGUAUUGGUCUCACAGAGAUCAUGGCAUCCACCAGUAAAGAGCAUGUACUUGUGUAUGCUGACAGUCUGAUUCCAACUGUGCGUCGUGCACUUGUCGAUCCCCUUGGCGAGGUCAGGGAGGCUGCUGCCCACACCUUCGACAGUCUCCAUGCCAACAUUGGGCCCCGUGCCCUGGACGAGAUUCUCCCCGACCUCCUUAAUAAACUGCGUGACCCGGACCUGUCCGACCAGGCAUUGGACGGCCUACAGCAAGUGAUGACCGUGAAGAGUCGUGUAGUAAUGCCUUACCUGGUACCACAACUGGUGACCCCUCCCGUGAACACACAAGCUCUGUCCCUAUUGUCGUCUGUGGCUGGCGAUUCCCUCACUAAACACCUUCCCAGGAUUCUACCUGCCCUGAUGGACACGCUCAGUGAAAAGGCUGGCACCCCAGAAGAAGCCCAGGAACUAGAGUACUGUCGGAGCGUGGUGUUGUCCGUCCAGGAUGACAGGGGCGUGCGUACCAUCAUGGAGGAACUAUUGGCUGCCAUCAAGAACCCAUCGCCGGACCUCUGCUGUGCAGCUGUCGUCAUUCUACAGGCAUUCUGUGACAAGACACAGACAGAUUACUCAGACUACCGGACAGAUCUGUUCCGCGGUCUUAUUGCGUCGUUUGUGCGGAAAGAAAGUAAAGUGUUACUGGCCAGCUGGGAGUGUCUCAAUACAGUCACCAAGAAACUGGACGUAUCUGAGAUGCUACAACACAUCCAAGACAUCAGGACCGCCAUCAAGUUAGCCGCCGCCGAGUUAAAGGGAGCUAAGGAGCUGCCAGGGUUCAGCAUUCCAAAGAAGGGUAUUGCACCUGUGCUGCCUAUUUUCCGGGAGGGCAUGUUGAACGGGUCACAGGAUGUAAAGGCCGUAGCCGCCAAUGGACUUGGCGAGCUGAUCCAUCUGACUAGUCCUGAAGCUCUGAAACCAUCCGUUGUCAAUAUCACCGGACCCCUUAUCCGUAUCCUUGGUGACCGCUUCUCUGCACAGGUCAAGGUCGCCGUCCUGGAAACGUUGACCUUACUACUUGCCAAGGUUGGCCUGCAGUUGAAGCCAUUCCUGCCCCAGCUACAGACAACGUUUUUGAAGGCACUGAAUGACCCCCAGCGCGCUGUACGCCUGAAGGCGGCAUCUGCACUAGGUCGACUAAUUGUGAUACAUGUACGAGUGGACCCACUGUUUACAGAGCUCCAUACCGGCAUAAGGAACACCUCCGACUCAUCCAUCAAAGACACGAUGCUACAGGCACUGCGAUUCUGUGUGAGUGGGGCAGGACAGAAGAUGGCCGAGCCACUGAGGAAACAGAUCACAGCCACAUUACUGGAGCUACUCGGCUCGCAGGAGGAUGCCACCCGUGCAGUAGCCGCUGGUUGCCUCGGCGCCCUGUGUACAGCUCUCUCAGAGGCAGAACUUCAAGACACACUCAUACAACACCUACUAGACUCUGACCCAAGUCAGGACUGGAUGUUGAGACAGGGUCGGAGUAUGGCCCUAGGGGUGGCCUUGAAGGAAGCCCCGAGCAAGCUGACCGGCACUGGACUAGAAGCAAGCAUAGGGGACUACAUUACAGAACUGGCCACCUCUGAUAGGAUUCCUCUGUGUAUUAGUGGCUAUCGAUGUAUGGGGUUCCUACUGAAUUAUCAACUAGCUAACAGUGAUGGAAAUGUACCCGCAUUAGUGAUCACCCUCCUCAAGGGUUUGAAGAAUGAUUCGAACGACGUGAAGCAACUGGUGACGCAAGUCAUUUCAUUCCUGAUCCACAGUCUCCAGGGGGGACAAUCACUUCAGCUGGUCAAAUGUCUGACCGGCCCACUAGUCAUGGGUGCAAAGGAAAAGAAUACUUCCGUCAGAUCUAAUAGCGAAUAUGCCCUAGUUGCUCUUCUCAAGCUUCGUAAGGGAGAUGCUUUCUUGAACGAGAUAACGCCGCUAUUAGAUGCAGGCAUGAGGGACUCGCUGUCGGAACUCAUCACUAAGACUUUAUUGAAAUUAAGCAAACAAGUGGAACCCCUCCCGGACAACAUUGACGAUACUGUCCUCAAAUGAUUCCACUUCCGUGAUAUUAAUUUAAUUUCUUUUUUCUGUAACUUUAUUGCAAAGUGCUAUCCGAUCAUUAGGAGGAGCGGAGCUUUGGACAAUGGCAGAGGGAUUCUGUCAUCGUGUGCUAUAGAUUCAAACUCAACCAAUGGCGGCGACUGACAACUGACGAGGCAUAUUGAGGGCGUGUAUGAUCUCUGUCCUAAUUAAUGAGAAUCGGAAACGUCAAGUUAAUUGGUAUCAAAGGCAUAAAAUAAAGUACAGUUCUUUCAAAAAUCGUUUAUGAUUUAAAUUCAACAGACAAGAAAUCAAGUUAUGUGUAUAUGAUUUAAUGAAGUGGAAUUCUUUUCACAAUGAAGUGAUUGUGUCCAGGAAAAUCAUUGGACUUAUCUGGAGGUAUACUUCGUCAUUGAUGUUCUACAUCUUGUCAUCAAAUUUUACUGAAAUGUUGAUAUGAAAAAUUACAAAUGUAUACCAGGUAUAAUUUUGGUUUAAUUUCUCUUUUUUUUUCUUUUUCUUUUACCGAUUGAGUAAAAAACAUUCAGUGUGAACGGUGUUCCUGUUUCAGGUCAGUCGAACUACAAGUGUAUAUUCACCAGCAGGCUUUGAUUAGACACCGGACCGGUAUGAUGUUGAAGUUUCAGAGGCAAAAUCAUAACAAUUUUAUGGGGUCACAAUAAAUUCUUAUAACGAAGGAUACCCGUAUCAUCAAUAUUUCAAACAUGUAGGUUCUUGCUUAACUAAAUUCUAUUUUCAAAGUUUAAAAUACAUUAUGCUGCUAUUAUAAAAAUUGAUAAAAGAAACAAUUGUUUCCAAAUUAAUUCUUGUACAGAAUCACAGGAUAUACUUAACGCUACCUAUUAGACAAAAUAAGUGUAUUUGGAUAUAUUUGUAUCUAAAAUUUAAGCAUCAAGUAAAAUGUAAGGACGUCUACUAAAUUCAAAAGUCAAAAACUAGGGUAAAAUAUUGGGAGUCUCCAUAAUAUAAUUUAUAAUAAUAUACAAUAUUCAUUAGCACCCUGAAGCACUUGUGUGUUAUUUAAAUAAGGCAUAUAAAACUACACUGCACAAUUUACAUGUUCUGUCUUCAGGGGAACAAAGGAGAUGGUCGUUGGUACAUAACUUUAUGAAAUGGUGACUUUCUAUUUUCCGUCCAAAGUAGGGGGGCUUGACAAGCAUGUUACACAUGAUACGUGUGCUUGCAUAGGGGAUGUGUUUAAUUGUUUUACAGAACUCUUCACUCUGAAAUGAUAGACCUCUUUAUAAAAACCAAAUAACAAGUAUCGCAACUAAGUACUAAGUAUGUUUCUUUACUGUUGAUUUUUGUCUGGAACAAAGUUUGAAUAUAUAUAUACAGAAAAGAUAACUGUGCUGAUUGGCUAACAUGGACACAGUCAGAAGCUAUGCUGAUUGGCUAACAUGGACACAAAGUCAGAAGCUAUGCUGAUUGGCUAACAUGGACACUGUCAGAAGCUAUGCUGAUUGGCUAACAUGGACACAUAGUCAGAAGCUAUGCUGAUUGGCUAACAUGGACACAUAGAUCUUUUAUAAUUAACGCCAAAUCAGGCCCAUUUGAUAUUGAUCUGUGAUUGUGUAAUGCAUGGUGCGUUUGGUUGGGUUUGAAUUUAUAUACAAAAGUGACAGAUUUCAUACAAAAGACUUGAAUGCAGUGAUGAGAUAUUAAAGGAAAAGCUAAACAAUGUAAAGUUCUGUAUGCCAGUAGAUAAUCACACAGAUAAAGUGUGAUAUCAGUAAGUACCAGCCGUACUGGUACAGGCUAAAGAUGGGAUAUCUGAAAGAUACUGGUACAGGCUAAAGAUGGGAUAUCUGAAAGAUACUGGUACAGGCUAAAGAUGGGAUAUCUGAAAGAUACUGGUACAGGCUAAAGAUGGGAUAUCUGAAAGAUACUGGUACAGGCUAAAGAUGGGAUAUCUGAAAGAUACUGGUACAGGCUAAAGAUGGGAUAUCUGAAAGAUACUGGUACAGGCUAAAGAUGGGAUAUCUGAAAGAUACUGGUACAGGCUAAAGAUGGGAUAUCUGAAAGAUACUGGUACAGGCUAAAGAUGGGAUAUCUGAAAGAUACUGGUACAGGCUAAAGAUGGGAUAUCUGAAAGAUACUGGUACAGGCUAAAGAUGGGAUAUCUGAAAGAUACUGGUACAGGCUAAAGAUGGGAUAUCUGAAAGAUACUGGUACAGGCUAAAGAUGGGAUAUCUGAAAGAUACUGGUACAGGCUAAAGAUGGGAUAUCUGAAAGAUACUGGUACAGGCUAAAGAUGGGAUAUCUGAAAGAUACUGGUACAGGCUAAAGAUGGGAUAUCUGAAGGUACCAGCAAUACUGGUACAGGCUAAGGAUGGGAUAUCUGAAGGUACCAGCGAUAACGGUACAGGCUAAAGAUGGGAUAUCUUAAGGGCUUGGUACCAGUGCAAAGUGAUAGCUGAAAUGUUAAAAAUAGUCUCAUAUACAGAAGAAUGUUUUGGUUUUACAUUAAUUAAAAACUGAGCUUGACUUUCAAAACUGA